CAUUGUUUAUUAAAUCACUUAGGUCCAGAUAUAUUCCAUAAUUUAACAAAGUAUAUAUAUAUAUAUAAAUGGAGGUCCAUUUAUGGAUUCUAAUCUAAUUAAUAUACCUGUACCACAGUACCUAAUAAUUGUCAUUUCGGGCUCAAAACCGGGCCGAAAUCAGGUAAAAUGAAAUAAUUAAAAAACAAUUACACCUUCGUUUAUUUUUCUCGACCGACCUCUCCUUCACCGAUCAACGACUCGACCCCCGACGACGGUGUUUUUGAAGUAUUUUAUCUCGAUAUUUCAGGUCUAUCAUUGUCCUGUUAUCUUAUUCAAUUUAAGCAGUGGGUUUUAAUGCGAGCUGAUUAUAGAAAUUCAACAUUGCCAUGCACGAUUGUGUUAACUGUUUUUUCAAUAGAGAGAGCGUGUGGAAACUGAUUCCAUGGCAGCAUCUACCAAGUUUGAUCUUUCUUCUGGUAGCCCAGAUAAGCCACUAUAUGCAUCUGGGCAUCGUGGAUCUUAUGGUGCCUCUUCACUGGAGAGAUCAGGCAGCUUUCGUGAAAACAUGGAGAACCCGCUCUUAUCAAGUCUGCCAAACAUGACAAGAAGCACUUCAUCUGUAACUCAAGGAGAUGUGCUCAAUUUCUUCCAAUGUGUGCGUUUUGAUCCAAACUCCAUGGUUAUAGAGCAUAAGUUGAACCGUCCACCGGAGUUUAAGCGGCUUGCAAGUGCUGCUGUUGGCAUUACACAGGAAGAUUCUCUACCUGUGUCAUCAAAAAGCAAACAGCUAUCUUCUCCCCCACUAGAGGAUCUCAGACGACUCAAAUCUGGUGUGCGAGAAAGUGUUACUAAAGCUAGGGAGCGCGUGAAGGUAUUCAAUGACUGUUUAUCAGUAAUCAACAAGUGUUUCCCGACUAUCCCAUCGAGGAAGAGAUCCCGAUUGGAUGGCUUGUCUAAUGACCGAUCCAGCACAUUAUUGUCAAUUGAUCGAUCUGCUUCUGGAAUGGGCAUUGUGAAAAUGGGACCGCAAAACCAUGCUAGUACCAGUGGUUUUGAAACGGAUCCGCAAAAACCUGAACAAAGGACCAAGAAUACCAUCCCAAACAAGCGUACUCGAACUUCCAUGGCCGAUCCUAGGAAGGACGUACGUGCACAUAACUUUAUAAGACCAUCUGGAGCUGGGGAGAAGGACAGGGAUGUGGUAAGACUUUCUAAUAGUACUGCAGUCCAGGGUGAGGAUCGAACUUUAUCAGUUGCUGUAGAUGGUUGGGAGAAUUCAAAAAUGAAGAAAAAGCGAACAGGUAUAAAGCUAGAUGCUGCUGCUAGUUCAAUGACGGCAAAACCAGUUGAUGGUUACAGGGAAACCAAACAAGGAACUCUUCCACGGCUCCCUACAGAAGUUCGUUCAAGAUUGACUGAUGCACAUAUAUCCAGAUCUGGCAGUUCUAAUGGAGGCAUCGGAAUAGGAAAAAGUGAGGCGACCUCACAGACCUGCUCUGGCAUGCGGUCAUCUAUAUCUAAGGCUGAUUCUGAUAAUAGUUCCCUUCUACAUGAGAAGAGAGAGCGUCCAAGUGGUCAAGAGAAAGAAAGGGUGAACCUGAAAGCUGUAAACAAGGCAAAUUCACGGGAAGAUUUCAGUUCAGGCAGCCCUACUUCAGGCUCAAAGUUGAAUGCAAAUGUUCGGGCCCCACGGUCUGGUUCGGUUGGUGGGGUUUCCAAAUUGUCUCAAGUGGUGAACCGGUCCCCAUCCUCAAAUGACUGGGAACUUUCUAACUGUACAAACAAACUUCCUGGUGGCCUUGGGGCUAACAGUCGUAAACGGACAGCUGCGGCACGGUCUUCAUCUCCUGUUGCCAAUUGGCCUCAGAGGCCCCAAAAGAUUUCUCGAACUGCUAGAAGAACUAAUUUAUUACCCAUUAUUCCUGGCAAUGAUGAGAACCAUGCUGCGGAUGUGACAUCGGACAUUAAUGUAUCAGAAACACGUUUUCCUGCCAAUUCUCCCCAGCAAGUGAAAAUAAAGAGUGACAUUUUCUCUCCAGCUGCAUUAUCUGAAAGCGAGGAAUCUGGUGCCACUGAAAUUAAGUCGAGAGACAAGAAUAAGAGAUCUGAUGGGAUAGAUGAAAGAAGUGGCCAGAAUAUCCAGAAAAUAUCAACCCUGCUGCUAACACCAAGAAAAAACAAGCCAGUCACUGGGGAUGAUAGUGGAGAUGGUGUUCGGAGGCAAGGAAGAACUGCUCGAGGAUUUACUUCCUCUAGGUCCCUCUUGCCUUUGUCAACGGAAAAGCUUGGGAAUGUGGGAACAGCGAAACAAAUGAGAAGUUCUAGACUUGGUCUUGACAAGAGUGAAAGCAGAGCUGGUCGACCACCUACUAGAAAAAUUUCUGAUAGGAAGGCUUUUAAACGCCAAAAGCAUACUACUAUCAAUACUGGAGCCGAUUUUCUUGUUGGUUCUGACGAUGGUCAUGAAGAGCUCUUGGCUGCCGCAAAUUCUGUUACAAACACAGCUCAAGCUCUUUCUAGCCCAUUCUGGAAGAAGAUGGAGUCCUUGUUUCAUUUUAUAUCUGAUGUGGACGUAUCUUAUUUGAAAGACCAGGUUAAUCUUGGUUUAGAUGUGGAUAUGCUGGCUCCAGUGCCUCGAGACGCAGGUAGUUGCACUUUAGUACCUAAUGGUUGUGGCUCAAUUGAAUUUGGGAGAGAGGAGAUUGAAGGGAUAAGUGUGGAACUUAGCCCAGAACAUACAGCUCUAGGAGCAAAGACACCAAAUGAGAUUCCCCUGUACCAGAGACUACUAGCAGCUUUGAUUCCCGAGGAAGGACUUGAGGUUCUUUUCAGUAGUGGAAAAGAGGACCUCAAAUAUGAUGUCUAUGGAUCUCGGUUUGAGAUGGAAAAGGAUAUAGAAUCAGAUACUUUCGCCUAUCAGAUGUCAUCAAGUUGUGAACCUUCUGGAUACCCUACUUCUAAUGGUUACAAUGUAAAUUCUAAUGGAAGAUCAUUUUAUGAGCUGGAGAACAAUACUAUGUCCGUUCCAGACACAGGGAUACCAAGCUACGAUCAUUUACAAAAUGGUUUACUUGCAGACCAGUUGAUACCUGCCACAGUAUGUUCGGAAUAUCAGUACUGUAAUAUGUCUAUAACUGAAAGACUUCUCAUGGAGGUUCACAGCCUAGGAAUCUACCCAGAUUUAGUGUCUGAUUGGGCACAGAGUGGGGAUGAAGAAUUAACUGGAGAUAUCAGUAGUUUGGACGAGAAUUACCAGGAACAUGUUUCAAGGAAGAAAAGUUUGCUGGGCAAACUUCUAGGUUCUGCUUCUGAGGCUAAAGAGAUCCAGGAAAAGGAGUUUGAAGGUCGCGCACUUGACAAACUUGUGGAAAUGGCCUACCAGAAGUACAUGAUAUGUUGGGGUCCUAAUGCUCAUGGGAUGAAAAGUGCCAGUGGUAAAAUGGCCAAACAAGCUGCCUUAGCUUUUGUUAAACGUGCUAUGGAAAGAUGCCAGGAAUUUGAGUUGACAGGAAAAAGCUGCUUUGACGAUCCUUUGUAUAGAGAUAUGUUCCUUUCUGGAUUAUUGCGCCCUAUUGAUGGACAAUCUUUCAAUUCUAGCACUGAUAACGAAUCUGGCAAACUUCAUGCUGGCACAUCUGGAUGCUCUGUGGAGGUUAGAACAUCAGCUCCCAUGGGCACACAUCAGAGCCCUACUUCAAACAAUAACGAUACAUAUUCUUCUGAAGUAUUCCUAUCGACGAAUCUGGAUUCCGAACAAAUUACUGGUAAAGAAGACAGUUGGCCAAAUAGAGUGAAAAGGAGGGAAUUGUUACUUGAUGAUGUAGGUGGAACAAUCAGCACAGCUCCAGGUGUUUCGUCGGGGCUUGGUGGUUCUCUUCCGUGCAGUGCGAAAGGCAAAAGGAGCGAGAGGGACAGAGAAGGAAAAGGAAACAGCAGAGAGGUCUUGUCCAGAAGCGGAAAUGCUAAAAUUAGCCGCACUGCAUCGACCACUAUAAAAGGAGAGAGAAAGUCUAAGGCCAAACUUAAGCAGAAAACCACUCAUUUGUCUGCUUCGGUCAAUGGUCCUCUAGGCAAGAUGUCAGACCAAGCAAAUGGAAUGUUCUCAUCGACGCUUAAAUCAAGUGAGAUUAGUGGAAGUGACAUUGGCAAGGAUAAAAUUGACUAUAACAUGGAAAUGUUGGAGGACCCCAUAGAUUUAUCUAGCCUUCAACUCCCUGAGAUGGAUGAUUUAGGUGUUACUGGAGAUCUAGGUGGUCAAGUUGAGGAUUUUGGAUCAUGGUUGGGUACGGGAGAUGAUGAUGGAUUACAUGAUCAUGAUUUUAUGGGUGGUCUUGGGAUCCCAAUGGAUGACUUGGAAGACUUAAAUAUGAUGGUUUGAGACCACAAUUGUGUAUAUUCUUGUACCUUAUACAAUCACAAAAUAAAAUACAAAAAAGACGUACUUAUGAACUGACCAGACACAUGGGGGGUCAUGCAAUUAUCCAGACUACAGUUAGGCUAUAUAUUCUUUAGGCUAAGCUCUGCGCAAGUUGAUUUUGAAGUGAGUGUUCUCCUGCUUAUGGAUUUUCUUCGUAUCCAAGUUGUUGUCAGUCGACUGUAAAGAUCUUUGGUUUUAUGUGUAAGCACGCAUGUUAGUGGCAAGGUCUUAGCAAACACUGUUUUUUGUUCUAGCAGACAGUAGCAGUUACAGAUCAGGAACAACGCCCCUUGUACAUAAAUUUAUUUUUCAAUAAAAUCAUGUUUUUUUUUGUAAUUCAU